UUGCUGUAGGAUGCGACCUUGUAAUUCACUGAAGCGAGAGUUUCUCAAGAACUGGAUAAUGGGUCUCCAAAGAUGCAGCUUUUCGAAGAAGGAAAUGGGCAUCUUGGAAAGGAAAAAGGCUAUAAAGUUGUCUGCAGAUAUAGCCAUGGCUUCUGCAAGAAACGGUACGACUCGUUGGAGUCGAUCCCUCAUUGCCAAUGCUUAUUCAAAACAUGAAAAACAUCUAGUUUCGAAAGGAGCAUUUAUGGAGUACAGCAAGAGGAUCAGAAGCAAGAAGAUAAUUAAAAGGAGUUGCAGAAGAAGAAGAAGAAGAAGAUCAAAAGGGUUGGUUAGGGAAAGAAAAAGGAUUUUGAAAGGUUUAAGCCCUGGUGGAGAAUUAAUGAAUGAAGUGUCGCUGAUCGAGGAAAGUCUAGACUAUAUCGUAUCGCUCCGAGCUCAGGUCGAUGUAAUGCGAAGCCUUGUAAGUGCUUCAGAGAGGUAGACCGGUGAACCAUAAUGAAGAGCAACAAUGGUUGUCUUUUAGUAUCAUAUCUUUAUUUCCUUAGUUCCCCCCCCCCCUCUCACUCUCUCUUUUGAGGCCCAACGCUUAAUCUAGCUAGCUACCUAGGUAACCGGAAAUGGGAAGCUGGCUGGAACUGUUGAGCCAUGCACGUACAGAUCAACCAAC